UCCAACACCAUCAUAUCUUAGCAAGAAGAAGAGAAAGAAAGAAAAAAUGAGGAGGAGCUCUAAUGUUUGCAUUGCGUUUCUUCUACUCAUCUGGCUGGUAGCAGGUGCAACAGCACAGAGCGCUUCCAACGUGCGAGCGACAUACCACUACUACAACCCCCAGCAGAACAACUGGAACUUGAACGCAGUGAGCGCUUUCUGUUCCACAUGGGACGCUAACAAGCCCCUCUCAUGGCGUAGCAAGUAUGGAUGGACUGCCUUCUGUGGCCCCGUCGGACCCACCGGCCAGGCCGCCUGUGGCAGGUGCUUGCGGGUCACAAACACAAGAACCGGCGCUCAAGCAACAGUGAGGAUAGUUGAUCAGUGCUCCAACGGUGGUCUGGAUUUGGACUGGGGUGUCUUCCAACAGAUCGACACUGACGGCAAUGGCUAUAACCAGGGCCAUCUCAUUGUGAACUACCAGUUCGUCAACUGUGGCGAUUAAAGAGCGUCAUUCCUCAUCGCCCUCCUUCUGCUGUGAUCUAGCUAGUUCAAGUGCCAGAUUAAUUUUCUAGUUAUAAAUAAUUAGAGUACUGAAGUAGACUAUAUAUACCCAAAUAAAUAACAAGGAGAUAAGAGCCUCCCUAUGCUAAUGGAGUUUUGUGUCAUCAAAUAAGGAAGGAGAUAAAUCUUCCCUAAUAAAUGAAUAAAGAUGCACCCAAAUCUUCCUUUUUUUAAGAAUUGCACAUUAGUAGACCA